CUCCCUCCUUGCCACCCCAGUCUAUCAGAGUGGUGCCUGUCUCCCCUACUGUACUGGAGGUGACCUGGGACCUCCCACCCCUACACACACAGAAUGGACUCAUCCAGGGUUACAAGAUCCGCUACUGGCAGCGUGACAGACAGAACCAGACAGAGAAGAUGACGUUGGUGUUUGUUCCUGAUACGCGUGUUCGUCUGGUCAACCUCACAUGUUACACGUCCUACCUCGUCACGCUGUCUGCCUUCAACGUAGCUGGAGACGGCCCGCCCAGCGAACCCCGGGGCGCCAAGACCCUACAGGCCGCCCCCAGCCAGCCUAGUUUCCUGUCGUUUUCGGAGGUAACAGGAUGGAGUGUCAACGUCUCCUGGGGGGCGCCCAGCGCUUCUAACGGGGUGGUGGAGGGGUACAGGGUGGUCUACCAACCUACACAGCCUGUACAGGGUGUGAGUCGGGUGGUGACGGUGGAUGUGAAGGGUAGCUGGCAGCGUUGGUUAAAGGUCAGAGACCUGACUAAAGGAGGAACCUACAGGUUCAGUGUCCAGGCCAGAACAGUCAGCUACGGACCUGCUGCACACUGUAACGUCACCUCACAACCUCUACCGGGCACCCCUGGUUCGCCCAUGGAGAUGUCAGUCACCAAGUCCUCCUCGGCGCUGACCAUUCAUUGGUCGGAGGGAGACGCGGGGGCGGGACCUGUCAUAGGUUACAUCAUCGAGGCUCGUACCUCAGAUGAAGGCAUGUGGGACUCGUUUGUCAGGCUCCUCCCCCCCAGCAGUAGGUCAGUAACCGUGGAGAUGGACCGUCUGAGGUCAGGGGUCGGAUAUGAGUUCCGUGUCAUCGCUGUCAAUCGCUACGGUUAUGGAGAACCCAGCACGCCAUCCACCGCGCUCGCUGCGCUGUGGGACCGUCCCUUCUAUGAGGAGUGGUGGUUCCUGUUGGUCUUGGCUCUGAUUGGUCUGAUCAUGAUCCUCAUGUUGGUGUUCAGCCUCCUGCUGCACGGACACAACCAGCAGUACAGGAGCUGUAGCACAGGAAAGCAUGUGUCUACGGUGGAGGAGUCCGUAACCCUGGACAAUGGAGGAUUCACAGCUCUGGAACUCAACAGCAGAACUCUGAACAACAAGAGCACCUUCCACAAGAAGAAUGGAACUAGGUCCCCUCCCAGGCCCAGUCCAGGCCUCCUCCACUACUCUGAUGAAGACCUGUGUGAUGACUACAACAAUGGAGCCAUCCUUACAGAGAGCACCACACUCACAGAGAAACCUACUGACGUCUCAGAGUCUGAGGUAACAGACAGUGACUGUGAGGAUGAUCAUCAUCCUAAACAUUCCUUUGUUAAUCACUACAUGUCAGACCCCACCUACUAUAACAGCUGGAAGAGACAGCCUAAAGGCCUGAAGGGGUUAAGUCCAGGGUACGGCUACGAGGAGUGUUCCAGCGCUGACGAGCCCUACUACCAGACCGUGGUCACACAGCACAGCACAGGAGGAGCAUCAUAG